GGUUGGGUAAAAAAUCUCCAACUUUUUCCUAAACUAGUUGACAGCAGUUUUGUGUAGCCCUUGAAGUUAGCUGUCAAAUACGAAGAAAUAAACUAAAACAUUACUUCUGAAAAACUUGAAAAGAAAAUAAGCAAGCAAAAUGAGCCAAUAUAUUAAAAUCAAGUUCACCAAUAAUAGUUUUACAGCCGAAGAUGAAAAUUAUCUUCAAGUGAAGUCUCGACGUCUGGCUAUAAGUUUAAAGAGGAGUGAGCAAGAAAUUCAGGAGAACAAUACGCUUUCAGGGUCAUCAGAUUCUAAUACCGCGAACUCAGCAGAAAUGGACUUUGACGAAGGUUACCCCAAUCUAAGCGAUACAUUUCCAAAUGUUUCUCAGAAGGCACAACUUCACAUUGCGUCUAAGAACAUGAAGAAACUAUUAGAAUAUCAAAAUGCCUAUGAGCAACGCUUACUAAAGCGUUGGCGCAGCGAGCAAAAGGAAAACCAUGAUCAGCUAACUGCCCUAUUCCUAGAGGGUUUUCAAAUGAAUUCUGGUGGUCUAAACUUGCCAUUGCAAUUUGAUGACUCGGGAAUCAAUCCUGACUUUUCAGACCAAGAUUGCUGAUGACGCUGGGUCACCCGCUUUUCAGAAAAUAACUUAAGGAUCAAACGAAAAGAGCUGGAUGUAUCUGGGGAAUCAAUCGCGUUUAAUAUUUGCUAUGCCAUUUAACAGUAACAAUUGAUAUUAAUAAAAACUAACAAAUCUGA